AUGUCCUCAUCCCCCCCCUCGAAAGCAGACACAAGCCCUGCGCAGACGCAAUCCACCGCAACCGAACACGACGCCCAAACACCAUCCAGCCCCUCCACCAACCCCGCAGAGCCCACGACCACGACAACCAACCCCACGAGCACCACGACAUCCUCCACCGCGCAACCCGCGCAACCCGCGCAACCCGCGCAACCCGCCAACAACGACGAGGAUGAUUCCGAUUUCGACGAGUUAGACGACGUCCUCGACAACUUCAACAAACCCGCCGCCUCCACGACGACCACGCAGCCGCCUUCCUCCGCCACCGCCGCCGCCGCCGCACCCGCCACGGAGGAUGUUGAUCUGGACGAGGAGGCGUUCCUCAAGCAACUCGAGAAGGAUAUGGCUAAUUUGAUGGGCGCGGGCGCGGGCGCGGGUGAUGCCUCGGCGGCCAGGGGAAUGUCUGAGGGGUUUGGGGACGAGGAGUCCCUCGACAAGGACGCGGAGAUGUUCGCCAAGUUGCUCGAGGAGGGAGGGGUGUCAGCGGAGGACUUUUUGAAGCAGUUGGUUGGGGAUAUGAUGAAGGGGGAGGCGGGGGGUGCGAAGGGGACGUCCGCGACGAAGAGUGCGCCUGCGCCUGCAGCAACUGAUGCUGCUGCUGCUGCUGCUACCGCUACCGCUACCGCUACACCGGAGACCUUCAACGAUACGAUCCAGCGGACGAUCGAGCGCAUGAAGGAGUCCGGCGACAAGGCGACGGCCGCGGCCGAGGAGGAAGACGGCGGAGACGAUGCGGACGACCUGGUGGCGCAGCUGAUCAAGGCGAUCGAGGCCGGCGCGGGCGGCGACGGCGACGACGCCGACCUGACCAAGAUGUUCCAGGGGAUGAUGGAGCAGCUGUCCAACAAGGAGAUCCUGUACGAGCCGAUGAAGGAGCUCGACACCAAGUUCGGCCCCUGGCUGGCGGAGAACAAGGCCUCCGGCAAGGUGUCCGACGCGGAGCUGCAGCGCUACGAGAAGCAGGCCGGCGUCGUGGCCCAGAUCGUCGCCAAGUUCGAGGAGCAGGGGUACACGGAUGAGGAUCCCAAGUGUCGCGAGUAUGUGUGGGAGAAGAUGCAGGAGGUGAGUUUAAUGCAAGCUUGUGGGAACCCCCCGGAUGAGCUGAUUCCGGCGCCCAUGAUGGAGGAUCUUAUGGGUGGAGGGGCUGGAGCCGGGGCCGGCGCCCCGGACUGUCCGCAGCAGUAGAGGUCUAUUUCUUGUUCUCGCACUGGUGGAUGCUGAUGUUUGUUUGGUCGGAUGUUAUGAUUGCCGUUCCUCUGGCAUUUGUCUGUCUAUGUCUUGUACAUAUAUCCCCUGCAUUUGCGCUCUCCCUAGACGUAUGUCAUGAUGGUUUGAUGUAGUGGCUGGUAACGAGAAAGUAGUGACUCCGUGUGUAAAGGUUGUGAGAGGGAGGGACCUGGAAAAUGAACAUAUAGCAACCAUAGUCUCUCAUAGUACGUCGCUCAGCCAUGCAUCCAUGCCAUUGAAUCAUACAUUAUAUACCCAAAGCCUGCAACCAUCAUCUACUGGUCUCAUACAGAUAUAUACGUAACUCCUAAGUCCAA